CUCCAUGGCAAAACGAUUGAGCGAUUGCUCUGAACGUAAUCUCAUUUAUGGGGGUGCAUAAAAAAAAAGGACUUCAGGUCAGAGAGGACGUAUAAAUGUCCAUCGCUGCUAGAUUUGGAAGGCUGAAGCAACUCCAAGGACACAGCUCAUAGACGUUUCAUUCUCAGCCUCAAAAUAUUGAUCAAAUUGGGGACGGUUACUAGAACACUCGGCCAAAAGACUCCAAGAGACUCCACGAAGGAGGCAGUGAGGAGCCUUUGUUCGCUGACCUGUACUGUCCUCCCCCAGCAUGUGUACAGGGGGCUGUGCCAAGUGCCUGGGGGGCACCCUCAUCCCCCUGACUCUGUUUGGUUUUCUGGCUAACAUCCUGUUAUUUUUCCCUGGAGGAAAAGUGAUAGACGACAACGACCACCUUUCUGAUGAGAUCUGGUUUUUCGGAGGAAUAUUAGGAAGCGGGGUCUUGAUGAUCUUCCCGGCGCUGGUGUUCUUGGGCCUGAAGAACAAUGACUGCUGCGGGUGCUGCGGCAACGAGAGCUGUGGGAAGCGGUUCGCGAUGUUCACCUCCACGAUAUUUGCUGUGAUCGGAUUCUUGGGUGCUGGAUACUCCUUUGUCAUCUCAGCCGUCUCAAUCAACAAGGGUCCUAAAUGUCUCAUGGCCAACACCACAUGGGGAUACCCCUUUCACGAUGGGGACUAUCUCAACGACCAAGCCUUAUGGAGCAAGUGCCACAAUCCUGCUGAUGUGGUUCCCUGGAAUCUGACCCUCUUCUCCAUCCUGCUGGUCGUAGGAGGGAUCCAGAUGGUUCUCUGUGCCAUCCAGGUGAUCAAUGGCCUCCUGGGGACCCUCUGCGGAGACUGCCAGUGCUGCGGUUGCUGUGGGGGUGAUGGACCAGUUUAAACCCCUGCGAUGAGCUGCUCUAACCUACUCCAUGAGGGAAGAUACGUUAAACUUACUCUUCUCUUCCGGAGGUUGUUAAUCUUUUCUGCCUCCUAACCAGGAAAGCAUAGGGUGGGCAGAGUUACUUACUCCUUCUUCUUACAAGCCAACUUUACUUGAGUUAGAUCUUGUCAUUUUCAAAUAAAAAAUAGGCCACUUGA